AUGACGGUGGAGAAGAGUAAAGGCUUCCCAAAAACGGUAAAACCAGCCACAAGGAAGGUUGCCCCGGAUGGCGGAUGGGCCUGGAUGGUGUGUUUCGGUGUUAGUUUAGUUAAUUUUUCCACCCGGUCGCUGGAGCCGUCUUUCGGUCUACUAUUCAAAGACCUUUUAGACGACCUAGGCGUCCAUACAACCGGGGCAUCUGUGAUCGCCAGUACUUUAGACUCAGUCGUCAAUUUCUCGGGUUUCUUCGUGGGUCCAGUGAUAAAAACAUUUUCAUAUAGAAAAGUCUGUUUUGUCGGCUCAACAAUAUGUGCUCUGGGACUAUUGUUCACUGCGCCGGCGAAUAGUAUAGCACAUAUAUUAGCUACAUACAGCAUAAUGGGAGGUUUCGGUGUUGGACUAGCUUCGUCGUCUUCCUUCGUGUCCUUGAACCACUACUUCUCCAAAAAGCGUGGUCAAGCCGUCGGCUUAUCUAUGGCUGGUACCGGAUUUGGUUUGAUGGUGAUGCCUCAGCUAGUCAAGAUUCUCUUAGGGGAGUACGGGUUCCGAUGGACGGUGGUUAUAUUGGGAGCUCUGGCGUUCCACGCAGUACUUGGUUCAACGUUGCUUCAACCAGUGCAACGGCAUCUAAUUGAUGAACCAGUGGAUUGUGAAAUGCAGCAAGUGAAGGAAAUGGAGCGCAUAAACGAAAGCGACGAGGAAGAUGACGAUAAAUUCGAAAUUAAUCCGUUGGUCAGUCAUCCAAUGCCCAAAUUGACCACCCAAAGGUCCCACAACAACAUGAACCAUCCCUCAGUGAGAACAGUUGGUAUGCCGAGGGCCAAAACAUGUGAUAAGCCCUUACAAGACUUCGAGAAUUCCAAGGACCAAGGGUUGACAACAGCUGCCUCUUUGGCGGCGAUGCCGAUGGUGAAGUCGAGUGGGAGUAUCAGCGAAGCAGCCAGGAAGAGGAAAGUGUCUGUGAUAUCGAAUAUAUCAAAUAUGGAUUUUACUGGGAGUUAUUUUCAGCUGUAUUUAGAUACAGCAGACGAAGACGGGUUAGAAAUGAAGUCAAUAAAGAAGAGCGAACCUCAGGAAAAGAAGAAAGAUGGUUUUAUAAGAAAGUUUAUUGCUAUGAUGGACUUGGAUCUGCUAAAAGACUGGUCUUUUCUGAAUCUUCUACUUGGACUUUCCCUGUUCUGGAGCGGGGAAUUGCAGUUUAGGAUGUUGACGCCAUUCUUUAUUAGGAGCUUAGGUUAUAAUAUGAAUGAGACAGCGUUUUGCCUGUCCAUGACAGCCAUCACGGAUAUCGGUGUUAGGCUGGUGUUGCCGCCCAUCUUCGACAGAACCAACAUAUCCAAGAAGAUGAUCUUCUUCGUUUCAUCGUUCUUUUUGGCUGCAACACGAUCAGUGUUAGCAGAGCAAUCAGAAUGGGUACCACUUAUGAUAUGGCUCUCAAUUUGUGGUUUCUUCCGGGGAAUGUGUUUGAGCAACUUCACUCUAACCAUAUCUGAGUACUGCCCGCUGGAGAAGUUGCCCGCUGCUUUUGGUCUUCACAUGGUCAGCAAGGGUGUACUGGUUGUACUUAUUGGACCAGUGAUUGGGUACGUGAGGGAUUUCACAGGCAGUUUCGCGAUUUGCAUUCACGUACAAAAUGCUCUUAUAAUGUCGUGCGUACUCGUAUGGGGAAUAGAGUACGCGUACAAUUUAACCCGGCGACGUAAGAUUGUACAAAUAUAG